AUGUCACCCACCACAACCACAGUUAAACAAACGACAACGACAGUGUCACCAACCACCACCGAGGUUGCACCAACGACAAUUUCACCCACCACCACCACAGCUGCUCCAACUACCACCACAGCGGCCUCAACGACAACAACAAUGUCACCCACCACCACCACGGCUGCCCCAACGCCAACGACAUUGUCACCCACCACCACCACAGUUGCCCCAACGACAACAACAGUGUCAUCCACCACAGAUGCCCCAACGACAAUGUCACCCACCACCACCACCGCUCCCCCAACGACAAUGCCAUCUACCACCACCACAGCUGCUCCAACUACCACCACAGCUGCCUCAACGACAACAACAAUGUCACCCACCACCACAGCUGCCACAACGACGACAACAACAGUGUCAUCCACCACCACCACAGCUGCCCCAACGACAAUAUCACCCACCACCACCACAGCUGCUCCAACUCCCACCACAGCUGCCUCAACGACAACAAUGUCACCCACCACCACCACAGCUGCCCCAACGACAACAACAGUGUCAUCCACCACCACCACAGAUGCACCAACGACAACGAAAGUGUCAUCCACCACCACCACAGCUGCCCCAACGACAAUGUCACCCACCACCACCACAGUUAAACAAACGACAACGACAGUGUCACCAACCACCACCGAGGUUGCACCAACGACAAUUUCACCCACCACCACCACAGCUGCUCCAACUACCACCACAGCGGCCUCAACGACAACAACAAUGUCACCCACCACCACCACGGCUGCCCCAACGACAACGACAUUGUCACCCACCACCACCACAGUUGCCCCAACGACAACAACAGUGUCAUCCACCACAGAUGCCCCAACGACAACGACAAUGUCACUCACCACCACCACCGCUCCCCCAACGACAAUUUGCCCCAACGACAACAACACUGUCAUUUACCACCACUACAGCUGCCCCAAUGACAACGACAAAGUCACCCACCACCACCACAGCUGCCCCAACGACAAUGUCAUCCACCACCACAGUUAA